UAUAGCCUGUCUUAGAAAUUUCCCUUUUAGACAUAAUACCUCUAAACACCAGUAUGGUUUUAUUUGUGUUCUACAAAUGCGUUAAUUAGUCGAUGGCGUGUUUGGCAACUAAAAUAGGGCACGUGCACGACAGGGCUUGGGCACUCAAGGCAAGGGUUUCUCUGAAAGAUGAGGAUAAAUCGCAAUUACAAUUCGAUCCAGAUCAAUCAACAAUUCGGUCAUCCUUCAAAAUUGUAGUUAACUCCGUGACGUCAGGAUUAAGAGGGAUUAAAGAUUCUUUGACGGCGGAGAGACAUUAUUAAAUACAGAGGUAGAGAAUUAGGAUGUUACUCCUUCGACGCGCAACUACCCCUUGGCUACUGGGGACACGAUCUGCAAACUGGCAGCGACGCGUGUGCAUAGAAUCUCGGUGUAGCAGUGGAAUAGGUUCAAGAACCAGCAACGGGAACUGUUCAUGUUUGACUGAUAAGAAAACUGUGAUUCUGAAAAAUACUUUCGGAAAGAGUUUUGAGGGGUACCAUCCGGAUCUAACAUGACGCACGUCUCCCAAGGUGUAUUGGAUUUCUUUCCUGUAAUACAAACUGACUGACUUCAUUUGAGUAUUCAUGAGCAACCGAGACGGAUGGAAAGGAUACUGCAUAAGACUUUGAAUCAUUGAACAAUGAAACAAAGAUUUCUUCAUCGUUUUUUUGUCUUGCAAGCUUACCAAACAGAGAUGAGCUUUCUUGCCGAUAACUCUCCAAGUAACCCAUCUGACACCUAACGUUAUAAUAUGUAUCUUAACCGUGUCGACGUUGAUUUAAAGGUCUAUGCCAUGUGAAAGUAAUAAAGACCACUUUUCGGUGACAAAAAUGUAACUGAUAUUUAUUAAAAUUCCAUUGCAAAGACGAGCGAGACUUACCCGCGGAAAUGCAUCGAUUAUGCAUCUUUCUAUUGCAGGUUUCUACCCUGAUAAGCGUUCUCCUACCAUGGACUUCUGCGGAAUUGACUUGUGAAGUUCUGCUCAUGCCACCAGGAAACAUAACAUUGCAUUCUCUGGCAUCCUGGAAUCAGAGUCAAAUCUCCAACAAUUUCACAGGCACGGACUUGUACUGUGACACCUCCAUCGACGGCAUCGGCACCUGCUGGCCCAGGAGUAAUGCUGGACAGAUGGUGUCACGACCCUGCCCCGAGAUAUUCUACGGGGUCAGAUACAACACCACCAACAAUGUGUACAGAAAAUGCCAAGCCAAUGGGACAUGGGCUUUGAAAGGGAAUUAUUCCAUGUGCAAGGCCAUACUACAUGAAGAGAAAAAAGGCAAGAUGCACUACCAAAUAGCUGUGAUCAUCAACUUCCUGGGCCACUGUAUCUCGCUGGUGGCUCUUCUUGUGGCCUUUUUCCUCUUCCUGUGUUUGAGGAGCAUCCGAUGCCUCAGAAACAUCAUCCAUUGGAACCUAGUAUCAGCCUUUAUUCUGAGGAAUGCCACCUGGUUUGUCGUCCAAAUGACCAUGAACCCUGAGGUGCACGAAAGCAACGUAAUUUGGUGCCGCCUUGUCACAGCCUCUUUUAAUUACUUCCAUUCAACCAACUUCUUCUGGAUGUUUGGGGAGGGCUGCUACCUCCACACAGCUAUCGUGCUAACCUACUCCACGGACAAGCUACGAAAGUGGAUGUUCAUAUGCAUCGGCUGGUGUAUCCCUUUCCCAAUUAUUGUCGCAUGGGCCAUUGGGAAGCUGUAUUACGACAAUGAGAAGUGCUGGUUUGGUAAGCGAUCCGGGGUGUACACAGACUACAUCUACCAAGGCCCGAUGAUCCUUGUAUUAGUGAUCAAUUUCAUUUUCCUCUUCAACAUAGUAAGGAUCCUCAUGACCAAACUACGAGCAUCCACCACAUCUGAGACCAUGCAAUACAGAAAAGCUGUGAAGGCAACUCUGGUGCUUCUACCUCUAUUGGGAAUAACAUACAUGUUAUUCUUUGUCAACCCGGGAGAAGAUGAAAUAUCCCAGAUCGUGUUCAUAUAUUUCAACUCAUUUUUAGAGUCCUUUCAGGGCUUUUUUGUGUCUGUGUUUUACUGCUUCCUAAACAGUGAGGUGCGGUCAGCAGUCCGGAAGCGUUGGCACCGUUGGCAGGAGCAGCAUUCUAUCCGUGCCAGGAUGACUCGAGCUAUGUCCAUUCCUACAUCCCCGUCUCGGGUCAGCUUCCAUAGUAUGAAGCAGUCCACCUCUCUCUGAGGAGAAGACAGCCUAAGGUUAUUUAUCUGCUCCAGCCAACACCUGCUUUAGAACCAUAGUAGUGAUGCCAUUAAAUGACAAGCAGGUUGGCUUGAGCACAUUCAGAGCAUCUGGGCUAGGUAGAGACUACCCUGUAUUAUGAACCAAGGUACUCAGGAAGAAUUUAGACUUACAAGAGGAUAUUAAAGGGAAGUGGACAGCAAGGUGCGGUUACAGAAGGACACAAUGUAACGCCUUUGGAUUUAGACAUCUGUGACGUAUGGAUGUGAAGAUCUGACCAAUCGGAUUACUGAUCAUGGAGCAAGUAUAGGCCCAGAACUACGGGUAAUGUAGGUGCCUAUGUAGUACAUGCAAUACGGUAAGGUAUGGCCUUAAUUUCCUUGUCUGGGAACAGUAUCUGUUUGCGCUUACUAGUGCUUAUCGUUCUGGUUUCACUGAGUGCAUCUUGGGCUUUGCUAGGAAUUUUCUUUAAUGUUAACGUGCUUUUGUGUGCUAAAUAAUCCUUGUGCAUUCGGCCAGAUUUAAUUCAGACAGGCCUGCAUACCCACUUUGUGUGUGUCUUAUAAAACAGUGUGUAGCUUAUAAAAUAACUAGGCAAAAUGUACCCUUUUAAUAGUCAUUUGCAUUAAACUGUUGUUUUUCUGGCGCUGAGAUUUGAUGGCUCGGUUGGACUAUGCUCAUUGUUUCAAUACAUGUUCUAAAAAUGUUGCUGAUUCUAAUUAUGCAAGUACCUUAUGAAAUCUAUUAGAAUAUUUUAUAGUCAAAUAGUGUUCAUCCUGUCAAGUUCUGUGUGUUAGUGGUGAUUUUAUACAGGCCAUGUAUGGAAGCUAUGAAUGCAUUCUCUUAUUUAAUUUUUUUAUUCAAAGUGACAGCUGCUAAUGUGUAUGGUAUGUACAUUUUUUAAACAUUUGAACAGUAGUAGACCUGUUCUCCCAGUAGACUUGUUUUGUGUUGCCACCAUGGAUUCAAAUGCUACCCAGUUAUGUCAUUCUGGAGCCAGGCCUGUGACGAGUUUGUCUCGAUAUUGUCACUUAUCCUAAGAGAUUUUGACUGCUGUUAAAUUAAAUUACCAGUAUGUUUUGUCUAAACUUGCUGUAUUGCCGUUAGACAACAAUGGGAGUUCGGAGUUGGAUUUAGCUGAACUAUAUUCUUUCAUUGUCCUAUUAGACUGCAGAAUCGGUUGUUUACAGUUGUGCAAUAAUUGUGUAAGAUGCUUUUGUCUCUACUGCUUUUUGCAUGCUAUAUUCAGUAAAGCUAUUUUAAAUUCCUUCAUUUAACAAUGACGUUGUAGGGGAUUAAAUAUUGGCCAAACAACCAAAACAAAUUCCCCUAUGGUUUAAAGGAAGAUGGGAAACUGAACAGUGUAUUAGCAUGAACCAAAUAAUACCAAUACCAAUGGAAUUAUAGUUACUUGACUCUAGGGGUUAAAUCAGAGCAAAAAUUGUCAAAGUAAGGUCUACUGAAAUAAACAUUAAACCGUAAUAACAUUGCAAAUGAAUGAAAUCAAUUACAAGGCAAACAUGUUACAAAAUGAAGGUGACUCUUACCUACACCACCAUGAUUAUUGUCAACCAGAGAUGAGGAGAAGGUCUCAGGAGAUCAAUAAUCCACAGAAUAAUGCUUCACAAUUCCCUUUAUACACAAGAACAACCAGUCAGACCACUUCUUGACCCUUCUCAACAUUUGACUAGCAAUGUAUAGUAAGUUACACAAUGGGGUGUGAGAGCCAUCAAGUAGAGACCCCGUCCAGCAACUCCAGAUUUUAGCAUAUGAGAGGUGAGGGCAGGAUGACACCCAGCCUUACAAAGUCGAUUACAUUCCUUCCCCCAAUUGAUUAAAUAUAUUUGCAAUGUCUGCCCUAACCAUAAUGAUGUUAUUAUGGGGACAUUUAAACAUAGACGUGUAUUUUUAUCUUUAUAUGCUACGUAAAUAAGUAAAUUAAUUUCACUAUUUAGGGUCUUGAUAGUAUCUUAACAAGCACUGCAUGGUACUUUUUCAAAAGGGUACUGUCUUUUUCUAAGAAAUAUUUCAAUACUAAACCAGACAAUAUUCAAUCAUCCUUUAACAUUCAUGCUUUAUUAUCAAUGCAUUUUAGGAAACCACAUUCCUGCAAAGACAAAAUGUUCAGUUAUUUCUGUGUUAUAGCUAGAAUCUUCCUUUAGAAGGGCACUCAUCUUUUUUUCAUACAAUCUGUUGUCUGAACUGUUCUUAACAAUCCUUAACAAGGUAUUUAUUAUAAAAUGAAUUGUCAACUGAAAUGUAAAAUAAGAUGUAUAUUUAUUCAAAGUUUUAUAAAAUGUCCAGACCGACAUGUUAGAUUUUGUAAUAUAAUGCACAUGCUACACUCACUGUACACUGUGUAUCUUGUACAAAACUGAUUUAUUAUAUCAACUAUUUAAAUUGACUGUGAUCAUUUAAAGUGUUCAUAAUCCAAUGGUACUGUGCUGUACUUCCAAAAUAAAUGAAUAAUUGAUACUGA